CUAUCACUGAAUUGAAUGAAUUCUGAUAUUUUUAUAUGUUGGUUGUUCCAGAAAUAUGGCUACACACACCUUUCUGCUGGAGAACUUCUUCGUGAUGAAAGGAAGAAUCCAGAUUCACAGUAUGGUGAACUUAUUGAAAAGUACAUUAAAGAAGGAAAGAUUGUGCCGGUUGAGAUAACCAUCAGUUUAUUAAAGAGGGAAAUGGACCAAACAAUGGCUGCCAAUGCUCAGAAGAAUAAAUUCUUGAUUGAUGGAUUUCCAAGAAAUCAAGAUAACCUUCAAGGUUGGAACAAGACCAUGGAUGGGAAGGCAGAUGUAUCUUUUGUUCUGUUUUUUGACUGUAAUAAUGAGAUCUGUAUUGAACGAUGUCUUGAAAGGGGAAAAAGCAGUGGUAGAAGUGACGACAACAGAGAGAGCCUGGAAAAGAGAAUUCAGACGUAUCUUCAGUCAACAAAACCAAUUAUUGACUUAUAUGAAGAAAUGGGGAAAGUCAAGAAAAUAGAUGCUUCUAGGUCUGUUGAUGAAGUUUUUGGUGAAGUUGUGAAGAUUUUUGACAAAGAAGGCUAACUAACCGUGAAAAAAUAUCUUUAAAUCAUGCUUGAAUAUUGCUUUAUAGCUGCUAUCACAGCCCCCUUUUAAGGCAAUUUUAAUCUUUCAAAAUUACAUCUCAAUUAAUGUCUAGAAAUAUAUAGUAAGACAAAUUAUGUGUUAUUUUUAAUUUGUGGUCACAGUACACAGUAAAUUCAGGUUUGAUCAUCUUAGGCAUUAUAGUGCUCACCAAAUGAAGAAGGGUUUCAGCUAGUUGUUGUUUGUGUUACAAGACUGUCCCUUUUCUGUUUGUGCCUUCUGUGAGCAAAAUUGUUUAGUAUGCAUGUAUAUCCCUUUUGUAAUUGCACCGUGUUAGGAUUUGGAAAUUCUUUUGCUGCACAUUUAAGAUUUCCAACCUGUUAAGUGAAUCUGUGGACCAAAUUUAAAGGAACUUUAUGUCUAGUCAGUUCUUGCACAAGAUAUUUAGUAAACGAACUCACAAAAUGGAUUCCUUAGCAAUGUUCUAGUAUUUAUCAAAUGACUGACCAUUUUCUGUCAAAAGUUAAAACUUAGGCAUUGAUUUAUUACAGCGUAUGCAAAGUUGUAUGACAGGGCAUAGUCUUUGCUUUCAAGGUUUGAGUCGGGACGGGGCUUCAGAGCCUGACAAGAUUGCCAGCUUUCUUCUGACAUAAUCUAUGGGGCAGGGAAAUGACUUGUGUUCCUAUGCUCUGUGACAUAGGACUAGUCAUCACUUAAUUGAUGUUAACACGGUUCUUAGUAGCAGACCCCGACAUGCAUGUGCUAGUUUAUGUUGAUAUGAUUCAUUCUUAUUUUAAUAAUACUUCAGGGUUUUUUUGUUUUGUUUCUUAGACUAAAUACAAAGUUAGAAUAAAUUAGGAAAAGCAAUCUAAUAGUUAAAAUUCCCAUUUGUAUUUUAUUUUCUGGAAUACAUUGUUUCAUGGUUAUUUGUUUUAAAAAAAGAUUUUAAAAAUCAUUGCACUUUGGUCAGAAAAAUAAUAAAUAUAUCUUAUAAAUGUUUGAUUCCUUUCCUGCCUGCUUUGUUCAAUAAAGUCUGAGAGUCUGAAUGAUUUUCUUUCUUUAAAAAAUUAAAAAUUUGUUUUCUUUUUCUUUUUUUGUCCUGUCUAUCCCUAAAACUGAGUGAUACCUAAAGUUCUUCUUUUUUUAAAAUUAUGUUUAUGAAUGUUUAUGUACCAUGUGUAUGCCUGGUGCCUAUAAAAGUCAGAAGGUAUUGGAUUCCCUGCCAUUAGAGUUACAGAAAGUUGUGAGCUGCCAUGUGGAUGCUGGGACCAACCUUGAUCCUCUGCAAGAGUAGCAGAUGUUCUGCACUUGCUCUGAGUGAGCCAUCUCUUCACGUCUCUCCAGCCCUGUAUCUAAGGUUCUCUAUAGAGAGAUUUCUUCAAAUGUUCCUCAUCUUCAGCAUUUACGUUAUUUGGUACACAGGGUUAAAUAGAACACAGACUUUGCAUAAUUAGAUUUUAUAUUUAAAUUUAUCGGGAAGAGUAGGAACAUGUAAACAAUUUUUUUAUAAUACAUUGCUAUGUGUCUUACAAAAUUCACUUAUUAAUGAGACCAAUUUCAACAUACUUGUCAUUAGAAAACAAAGUAUCCCUCCAUACAGUACAUACUAUACAAUAGUGAUUGCCCACCACAACUGACAUUGGGUCUGCCUUGGCUCUUGGGUGAUUAUAGUGUGUGUCUAGUAUUUUAACCCAGUAAAGGAGAGGCUUUGUUGGUUAAUCACACAGCUAUGAAAUGAGGUGAGGGUACAGACUUGUGAGACUUCCUGUUCAUGCUAGAGAAGAAAUCUGUCAGCUGGGAAUGUAACUAUUCUUACUGAUGACCACGAGAACACCCUUUUGGGGUUUUGAGGGGACUAGGUGUUUUCCUUUAUCAAAUAUCUCCCUGGCAUUUGCAAAUGAACCAAAAAACACAUUUCUAAAUUAUGAGUACUUUUUUUGUUUGCUUUUUAAAUAGAAAACAUGUUCACAGUAUUGAGUUUUGGAGUUGAUUGAGAUACAUCUGACAUUGCUAGUAUAGUCAUUCCAUUUAUUAAAGACACAGUACUAAGAAGCUUUUGUGAUUCUUGAAGGACCUUACUUUGAGCAUUGCUGUAUCUUAAAAGUUAAUGUUAUUUCCGUGUAUUAGUGUUGAGUGUAUAUGAAUUAUUUAAUAAUCACAAUAAAUGUGCUGAUGCCUUUGCUGUC